UCUCCCUCUUUCCCCAUACCAGAAAACUCCCUUUCCUCUCAAGAGUGGGAUGGAUCUCCCUCUCUCCCGCACACGAAAACAUUUCCACUCUAAGUGAUUUGCUAACCGAUGAAAAAGUGUACUCCCUCUCUCAAAUAUGUUUUUGGAAUGCCUAUAGCGUUCUCUAAUUUUCUGUUUCACGGAUUAGAAAUCAAUCCUUAUUGACGCAUGUAAGGCAUCCUCGAACCGAUGCCAAUUUCGGGAUUAGCUUUUGAGGAAAAUGUGGGCGUGUACCGUAGAAAAAGAUAAUCCUUUGAGGUGUUUGCUUUCUUACACACCUGUUUCACGGAUUAGAAAUCAAUCCUUAUUGACGCAUGUAAGGCAUCCUCGAACCGAUGCCAAUUUCGGGAUUAGCUUUUGAGGAAAAUGUGGGUGUGUACCGGGUGCGCACACCGACAUCCUUUGCUCAGGUGGUUGACAAUGCAGCAUGGUAUACUGAUCGAUGCCCUUUAGUUUUAGAAUAAGCGUUACACCUUUCAUACGAAUGCUGCGUAUUGCUUUGGAGAAAAAAUGUGGGCGUGUGCAGGUUGAUGCGCACGCCAAGGACCCCGCUCAGGUGGUUGACAAUGAAGCAUUGUAUAGUGAUCAGUUACACCUCUCAUGCGAAAGCUUCAUAUUCCUUUUGAGAAAAAUGCAGGCGUGUGCAGGUCGAAUAAGAAAUUAAUCCUUAUUGCUGUGUAAGGCAUCCUCAGACCGUUGCCAAUUUUUGGAAUGAGCGAUAUGUUUCUCUUGAAAACGUGGGUGUGUGCAGGUUGGUGAAGUGAUGAACCCUCAAAGCUGUUUUCCACGUUAGAGAUAAUUUUCGCACACACUUGAAACUGACGAUUCUUGAAGAGAUAAUCUUACGCUCAAUCUCUCUCUCUCCCUCCAAGAAAACGUAGGUGUGCACUCGAGUGAUUGAGGGAUGGUCAAAUUUUGUUGAGAGGGAGGAGAUUUUGAAAAUUCCGGUGGGAAGUGUCUAAGGGAGGUUCUAUGAGAAGAAAGUGGAAAUUUUUCGGCAAUUCGAAGGACUUUUGGCAAUUGAAGUGGAAAGGGAAGCUUCGCUGUCCACCGUAUUUAAGGACCCGGUGCAUUCUUCGUCAGUCAAUUCACUCCUCGUUUCCAAGUUCAUUCGGCAAAAUAGUGAAAAGUUCUCCCGCCUUCGAGUAUAACCCCUCAAGAUACACCGGAGUCAGGAUUUUUCUUGCAAGCUGACAAGAAAAUGUCACCGAAGAAGCUAAAUUCAUCAAUGCAGCCUUCUCGAAGCCGACGGAGUCUGCAGGUCGCCCAGGAGCGUAUACGUUGGCUGGUCGCCAACGCACCAACUCUCCUAACAAUGCUCGACUACGUCUCCUGGGCAAUGGACGUGGUCGAAACACUGCCACAACCACCAAAUGCUGCUUUGCAGCAAUUAGCACCGCGACGAUCUCCGACGGCUGACCUGCCACGACGAUCUCCGGCGGCUAACCUGCCACGACGAUCCCCGGUGGCUGACCUGCCACAACAAUCCCCGGUGGCUGAGCAUCCUCGACGAUCCUCGGCGGCUGACCCGGCGCAGCGAUCUCCGACGGCUGACCCGCCACGACGAUCCCCAAUGGCUGAGCAGCCUCAGAGAUCUUCGACGGCUGAGCAUCCUCGACGAUCCUCGGCGGCUGACCCGGCGCAGCGAUCUCCGACGGCUUACCCGCCACGGCGAUCCCCAAUGGCUGAGCAGCCUCGGCGAUCUUUGACGGCUGAGCAGCCUCGACAAUCUUCGGUGACCCGAAGAAGACGGUCUCGGUCGAGCUCAAGUUCUAGCUCGAGUUCGAGCUCGAGUUCGAGCUCUAGUUCGAGCUCUAGUUCGAGCUCCAGCUCUAGCGGAACAUCAUCUAGUAGCGCAUCAUGUACAUCUGUUAAAAGUAUACGCGAUCUCAAGCCGAUUCCUAAGAUCGCGUCCUCGAAUAUGAAGAGAAAAGUAAAUGAUCAAAAAGGCAACGAGCAGAAGAAGAAAAAGGCAGGAGAGAGAGAGAGACGUCACCAAAACCAGGAACAUCUACAAUGACUUCAGAGGUUACGAGACCAGUACCGAGACGUGGUAUUUUGCAAUUGAAAAGGACUGAUAGUAAACAGCAGCAGCAACACCAGCAACAGCAGCAGCAACAACAGCAGCAGCAACAGCCGUCACAGCAACAACAGCAACAACAGCAACCUCAGUAGCAACAACAACGCAAUUUACCGCGGAUUAUAGAUGAUGAGAUAAUAAUAGGUCACAUCAAUGUAAACAAAAUUUACAAAAAUUAUAAAAAAAAAAUAAAUUUAAAGAACU